AUGAAGCUACGGGUCCGGCUGCAGAAGAGGACCUGGCCGGUGGAGAUGCCAGACGCGGAGCCGACGCUGGGGCAGCUGCGCGCGCACCUCAGCCAGGCCCUGCUGCCGUCGUGGGGCUUCAGUUCUGAUACCCGGUUUGCAAUCACAUUGAACAACAAGGAUGCCCUCACUGGAGAUGAAGAGACCUUGGCUUCAUAUGGGAUUGUUUCUGGGGACUUGAUAUGUUUGAUUCUUGAAGAUGCCAUUCCAGCACCUAACUUACCUUCAUCCACAGAUUCAGAGCAUUCCUCACUCCAGAAUAAUGACCAACCCUCUUUGGCCGCCAGCUCCAAUCAGUCCAUCGUACAGGAUGAACAACCAAGUGAUUCAUUCCAAGGACAGGCAGCCCAAACUGAUGUCAGGAAUGAUGAAAAUAUGUCGGGGCCUAGCCAGACUUUUGAAACUGAGUCAGUUCAAGAUGUUGUGGCUAUGGAAGAGGGCACAGGUGUCUGUCCCUCAGAACCGAUGCUCUGCAGUGAGUCGGUGGAGGGGCAAGUGCCACAUUCAUUAGAGGUCCUGUAUCACUCAGCCGACUGUUCCAGUCCCAGUGAUGCCCUGAUAGUGUCAAUACAUCUGCUCAUGCUGGAGUCAGGUUACAUACCUCAGGGGCCUGAGGCCAAAGCCAUGUCCAUGCCAGAGAACUGGAGGUCGGGUGGUGUGUACAAGCUGCAGUAUACACACCCUCUCUGCGAGGGCGGCUCUGCUGCUCUCACCUGUGUGCCUUUGGGAAACCUAAUUGUCAUAAAUGCUACACUAAAGAUUAACAGUGAGCUCAGAAGUGUGAACAGAUUGCAGCUGCUGCCAGAGUCAUUUAUUUGCAAAACAGAACCAGGGGAAAAUGUGGCCAAGAUCUACAAAGAUCUUCAGAAGCUCUCUCGUCUCUUCAAAGACCAGCUGGUGUAUCCUCUUCUGGCUUUUACCCGACAAGCGCUGAACCUACCGGAUGUAUUCGGGUUGGUGGUCCUGCCGUUGGAGCUGAAACUGCGGAUCUUCCGACUUUUGGAUGUUCGUUCUGUUCUGUCUUUGUCUGCAGUUUGUCGUGAUCUCUUUAUUGCUUCAAAUGACCAACUGCUGUGGAGGUGUUUAUAUCUGCGGGAUUUUCGAGAUGGUACUGCGAGAGUUCGAGACACAGAUUGGAAAGAACUGUACAGGAAGAGGUACAAACAAAGAAAAGAAGCUCAGAGAGGGCGGCAUGUGAUGUUCAUUCCAUCGUCGCCCCACCCCCUCCCAUUCUACCCCAACCCCUUGCACCCCAGGCCUUUUCCUCCCAGCUCGCUCCUUCCUCCGGGAAUUAUUGGUGGUGAAUAUGAUGAAAGACUAACCCUUCCUUAUGUCGGGGACCCGAUCAACUCACUCAUCCCUGGGCCUGGGGAGACACCCGGCCAGUUCCCUCCACUCAGACCACGUUUUGAUCCAGUUGGCCCGCUGCCAGGACCUAAUCCCAUCUUGCCAGGGCGAGGUGGCCCCGGUGACAGAUUUCCCUUAAGACCCAGUAGGGGCUGGCCCACCGACAGCCGGCUGCCAUUCAUGUGA